GUCGGAAUCGGCUAGCACGCUCUUCCAAAUGUUUGUUCAGAUGCUUGUCUCUUUACAAAUGUUGCUUGGUUUUUCGGUAUCAAGAUUUAAAAAAAAAAAUACGUAGUCGUGACAUAUGUGUAACUUAACAAUUCAAAAUCUAAUUUCCAUCUAAAUAACGAAUACAAUUUAGAAUGUUCAUUCGCUUGACGUCCAGCUUGGUCCUGCACAUCUAGUCGCAGGUGACUAGAUGCCCAUUCUGGCUGUGUCCUGCUAUUUUGAAUUUGUGCACUCUUCGGAGUCGGAAGGAAGAAGCGUCGUCUCUCUGCUUAGUUGGUCCAGAGCCGUCGCAACUGGAAGUGCUCGAAAAGUCGACCAAUUGUGUCGGGUGAUUUUACCGGUUUUCAACGUAUCCCGCCACAAUUGCGGCAAGUUGACUACCGUAGUACACUGCCGUUGCUUUAGUCCGCAUCGGUGAAACACAGAGCUUCCAAUGGCAGGAAUCGCGUUCCAGCGUUUGACUGAGGAGCGCAAGGCGUGGCGCAAAGAACAUCCAUUCGGUUUCGUAGCCAAGCCAACGAAGGGAACCGAUGGAUUACCAAAUCUUAUGAUGUGGGACUGCGCCAUCCCUGGAAAGUCGGGCACACCAUGGGAGAAGGGUCUUUAUAAGUUGCGUAUGACUUUCAAAGAAGAUUACCCAUCGACACCCCCAAAGUGUAAAUUUGACCCACCUCUGUUUCAUCCGAAUGUCUACCCCUCGGGUACUGUUUGUCUCUCGUUGCUUGACGAAGAAAAGGAUUGGCGACCUUCUAUCACGAUUAAACAAAUCCUUGUCGGAAUUCAGGAUCUGCUGAACGACCCAAACAUUAAAGAUCCGGCCCAAGCUGAGGCGUACACGAUCUACUGUCAAAAUAAAGUUGAAUAUGAACGACGCGUACGAGCUCAGGCAGAGCGGAUGGCACCUAUAGCUUAAAACAGCCGCAAGCAACUGUCAAGAGCCAAUAAGGGGCAACUUCGUUGACCACUCGCGCCUAUGAGAUGAAAACCUUCAUUUCUAGUGAAGGCUCAACAUGAGCUUCCGCGACUUGGCAUCGAUACAGAUCAUCAUCAUUAUUGCGAGGGAGAUCAGAUUUAAAUAGGGGAAAACGUAAUGGCGUUGGGAAAUCUCGCGUUCUGUGGUGGGUAACAUGAGGAUCAAGCGUGGUCAAUCAUGUGGUAGACGCAGUAUUUAAAAAUCUUUUUUUCUUAACGAGAUGAAAAAUAGCCGUAAAGGAGAUCAAUACUGCUACUCUAUAUGAUCUGUAUUUUGUUCACUUCCAGUGCACUCUUACAUCAGGCUAAGUCAUGCAACCAAACAACGGUGAAUGGCCUGAGCUCGAGCCCGCUCAUUGCACUCAGUGAAGUAAUUAAAAAAGGCUUAUUGUGUUGGGCGUCGAAGGGGUCAAGAUUAUAUAGGGGAGCAAUAAGUUGAUUACUUUAUGGUGUAGCGAAAUUACUGUCAGAAAGUUGUUUUGACGACAAAAUGUAAAAUGAAUUAUAGACGAAGGAAUUUCACCGCUAAGAAAAGGUACAUAAAGCGGUGAUAAGAAAUGAACAGGAUAUAAGCAACAUCACGGAUUGUUCAACGCUAGCAAGCCGAUAAUAGUAACGUCUAGCAGCCGACAGCAAGUACCAACACAGGCGAGACGGCAACCGACAUCAACAUAUACAAUGUACAUUUGUAAACAUUUUAUGUAUUGAGUGGAAUAAAAAAGCGGGUGUAGAGGCCGAUGAGGAUCGAACCCACGACCGAAGUAAAUCCUACUGGGUUGAAGAGUUAAUUAUGCAGAUGAUUAAUAGAAGCAAAUGUCUCUUGAGGGGGCAGGGGGGGGAUAAGAGAAAGAGAAAACUAUUAAAGCGCAAAAAUCAUGGAAAAAAUGAAAUCAAAAUAUAAAAAAAAUUACGAAAUGAAGUUUAUUAGCAAAGCUAAAACAAGGUGAAGUGAAAGAAAAAGGGGAAAAUAAAUACAUGGGAGCCAAUCAUAAAGUUAUUGAAGAAUGUUAAAUUACAGCAAUAUCAGCGUUCUCAUUGUUACAUAGCUAGGCAGGGGUGAUGCAAAAGAGGGUGUAGGAUUUUCUCUAUAUAUGUUAUCGUGGCAAUGGCUACGCGUUUCGUUUACAAAAAAUUGCUGAGGUUCUGGUGAGUGAAGAAAAAAGUUUUAGUUGUAUAAUACCUUGUUUCGUUUUUUCGUAUAGUUAUUCAGGUAAAUAUUCCUUCACUGUUUUGGUAACUCUGAUGAAUAAUUAAAAGACUUCAAACGUUCAUAAUAGCUAAGAAAUGUAUCCCGAAGAAAGUCACAAUUUAGUUGAGACUGAUUGGUAAUUCGCUUGGAUCUUUUAAAGGCUCGACUAAAACUAAAAUGUAAAACAAAGUAUUUCGGCUUAAGGAAAAAAGAGAGUAAAUUAGGAAAAUAUACCAGAGAGAAAAUGUUACAAUAUAUUAGUGUUAUACUCCACAUAAGUAUUUCUGGUACCUGUAUUGUGCCUGGCGGUAGUAGUAUAUAAGUCAGGAUUUUACAAAAAUAACCAAGUUCAAAAUCAUAUACGGCACAACAACAGGAGGAUCAAUUAUCUUAUGCUAUAUCCGUCUUUUUGCUCGGCUGCGGCUACCGCACUAUCCGUCUGCGUUUCAGGAGAGUUUACAACCAUUGCGGUAGAUCCAAAGCUGUAGAUUUUUUGCACCAGUGUUUGUCGAUCUUAGAAUUGAUACCGAGAGGUGCUUCCGAUGACUUGUUCGGAUGAUUUUGGUUAGAACAAAAACACAUUUUGUAUGUUUAAGAGUUGUUGCUGUUCAACUUUAACGCUCUAAUUGCGAAAAGUAAUCAAGUAGACUACGCGUUCGAAGAACGAUAAGCACAAACUACAAAGUAAAAGAUGUGUUUUAUUUCUAAUUCGAUCAUCAUAUUAGACCCCUUGAUCCAUUAUUUCUGCAUGAAUUAAAAAUUUUUUUAAUGAUGAAAUAGAUUUAUGUAGAUUAUGCAACUCAACACAGUAGUGUUUGUAAAAGAUGAAUUUGCAUAUUUCAUCGACUUCCUAUAAAUAUGCUGAAGGCCUACAGCUAUAGUGAGCCACAUAACUACUUAGCAUGCAUUUUAUUGGUGAGAUGAACAUAAGAGUGAUAAAAGCGAUUAAGACAUUCAUAACCUCGGAAUUGACUAAGGUGAUUAUACGCCUCAGGGAGUAUAAAUCCGAAAAAAUAAAGGCAACCAAGGAAUCACACAAGAGAUUCUGUGUCCAAUACUAAAAUUUAAUGCAAAAUAAGCGAUUCUAGAUGCCAAAAUUAUUGUUACCAGAUGAUCUGAUUUUGGCAAUGUACACUUUUUAGGACAUCGAAAUUACCUCGAUUAUUAUGACGCAAGUUAUAGAAAGUAAAGCCUCAGUUGGCAUUUAAUUCGUCUAAAAGUCCAACAGUGGUUUUCUAAGCGAAGAAUUUUUGAAAGAGCUCUCUAAAACUGUGAAAAGGCACUAGCUGAAAAGUAAUUAUGUAGUUUACGCCGAAUACAUACGCCUAGAUCGCUGUAUUUGCUAUUCACUUACUAUAUUUUUUGAAAUACAACAUUGUGUUCUAUAAGCGCAUGACUUGCAUUUCCCGUUUGUAAUAUCUGUGUCUUCGAGAUGGAAUAUAGGACGGCCAAAUUCAGGCAAUAGGCAUUUUACCGGUUGAAAUACGCCUUGUUGUGAAGAGAUUUUCAUUGGUUGGAAUUAUACUGUUAAUUGCUUUUCACUUCUGUGCUGGUGACUCUAGGUAAACAUAAGCUCUCGAGUUAGCAGGGUGGCUUUAAAAAUGUUAAGCAAAAAUGAUUCGUCCAAUGUAUUAUACGUCGCAAACUAGCAUUAAAAUUAGGUUAUUAGUAAAAGACAGCGGUUUUGCAAAUGGUUGCAUCUUCCUUUUCGCUAAUCUUUAGCGUGCCGUUUUUAGGUAGCGUAGCGUUAUUUCAUACAAGAGUUUGCCACCAUUGAUAUAAGACGCGAAUGUCUUGAUCGAUAUAUAUAAAGAUAAUUUAAUCAAAUUUUGAAAAGGAAAAAGUAUCUGCCGUGUCCUGCAUUGCAGAUGUAGCAACAAAGACCUAUUACCACGAAUGUUAGAGCUGAGACAUUAGAAUAGAUAAAUUUAUGGAGAGGUGAAGGAUAACUUUUCUAAAAGGAAUUUAGUCCGGGUGCAUAGCAGAUUGGGUGCACUGACUUUGACUUAUACAAAAAUAUAUAUCAUGUUUUCAGAAAAGUAACUGUUUCAAGGUCAUUCGGUACAUAUCGCCUAGCAUACUAUAAAAGGCAUAAAAAUGUCAUAAAUAGACGUCAAAAGUUAGUGGAAUAUCAUUAUAAUUCGUUUCGGAUCUGUUUAUUAUACCCAAACGUAUAACCUCUGCCCAGCCUACGACAAAACCUAAACCUACUGUCAUCUGUUAAAAUGAUACUUAGAGGUGACAAUCUCAAAUGAAACAAAGAAUAACUUUUGACCAUUUCCGUUGAUUCUGUCUAACAAUAUUUGCUAUGUCAUUUUGGCUCCGUGUGAAUACAUCCAUCGUCCAAUCACGUGAACGAACGCUUUUUCAUUCAUCAUCAGUUCGGAAUCUGGGUCUGUUUACAAUGCGUUACGUGACGUGACGUGAACAGGCUGUUAUCACAGCCGUAAUGGGUAUGUACCGGUAAUAAUUAUUAAUUAAUACCCUUAUAAUAUUUAAUGACAUAUGGGCAGUAACGUAUCUUGUGUAUAGGUAAUAUUAUACCGGUCGUAAUGUAAAAAGAACUGUUGUCAUUAAUGUGAGCGGAAAGAACAGAUGAUUUGUAGAAACACGAAUAUAAUUUAUUUGUUGUAAUUCACAGUUAAGCGUAGUGGAGUACGUUAUGCUGAGUAUCACCAGAGGACUCUUCUAGAGUUGAGAAUGUCCAACAAUUUUCGACUUACAGAGUAAAUAAAAUUACCGCUGCUUCUCUCCUCCAUUUUGAAUGCAAUAACUCUUCAAGUCACGUGGAAGGUGCACAACUCAAUUAGUGAAUAGCUUAUCAGAAGACGAAAGCAACUAAAUGUACAAUUUAAAUGUCUAAAGUGUUUUUGAACUAAGUCCUCUUAACACAAGCAUCUUUUUCUCUUUACCUGCAGUAGCUUUGGCGUAACUGCUUUAUUGUUCAAACAUGGCCUCCUUCCCACGCAUGACUCUUGGAGACUAAUGUAUUUCAAAUUGUAUUUGACAUGCUUUAGUAAGCUCACAAGCCUCAAGCUCCUCAAGGCCAGACUGGUAGUUGAAAGUAAGCAGCUAAAUUAAGCCGAACCUUUGAAAUUCCUUUUCAGUGUCGAAUGUUAGGAAUCCAAAUUUUGCAGAGGUUUUUCAAUUGGGGGCGUUCUAGGAAGGAACCGAUCGAUUUGGGGAUCCUAUGUCGAAUCAAGGUCAACCAUUAAAGUUUUCUAGACUCACUGAAAGGCUAGCCUAUACGAGACAGCCAUAGCGUCUAAUUUAAGACUUUGGUCGACUCGAAUUAAUUAACCCUUCGUUUUUCAGUCAAAGAUUUUCUGAUAUGCUACUGUUGAUAUGCCAUUUCUGACAUAUUUUUAUAGCUCGCUUGAAAAAAGUAAAUGGACUCCUCGCAAGCAAGUUUAUCUGCCAGUAUGGAAAAUUAUGUUUUAUUUCAUUGAGCAUUCCGACGAAACAGCAGAUUCGAUAUUUUCGAGUACUUCGAAUUGAAGCCUAUGAAAGUUUUAAAAUCUUUACAUUUGACGCCUUGCUUUAUUAAUAAAAACCAAUGAUACGCAUUAAAUAUGAUGUGUAACCGAUUAGAUAUGUAACCGAUAACUUCGGUAACUACAUAAUUUUUGUUCAAGUGCCGCGUUUUUAUUCGGUGUAUUGUAUGAUGAUAACUCAACAUUUUAGUUUUUUGAUGCACCGAUGGGACUAUAACUUUUCCGCAGCAGCAGUACUCCUGCUGAAAGGAUUGCGCCUGUGGCGCUAGGUGAAUACUAUUUAUAGAGAAAGGUAGUCGAAAAAGCAUAAAUAUUGUUAUAAUUAUUCUUACUAUUAUGAUGCUUUAUGUAGACAUACAAAAUCUGGAAUGGAUUUGUUCAAGAAUUGAUUUAUUAUUUAAGCCUUUACAGUUUCCGAAUUAUGCACUUGAGUACUGGAAAAACUGCAUACAAAAGUUCUAUUUUUUCUACUACGAUUUCCUGAAGUGGACUUAAAUUACUUUAGUAUCUACUAAUGUUUUUCUGCAUCCAAGCGUUAAAAACUGCAAUAUCCUUUUUCAGUUCGAUGGUGAAACAGUCAACAAAAUGGAACUAGUUUUGGUGUCAACCGUCUUAGAAAGACCAAUGUUUAAUAUUAUAAACUAAUUUAAUAUUAUGAAAAUAACUAUAUGCAUUCGUUUACGUAAUGAAGUUGGCCAAGUGCUUUAGUCACUUAAGAUUUUGAAAGACCCCGUGAUGACCAUACAUGCAACUAAUUUAAUUAGAAUAGAUGACGGUUAAUCAUGAGAGCUUUGCCUGUCCCGGAAGAUAGGAAGAUUUAUAAACGUACAGGAAGUUUGCCAGCUUUUAUGAAGGACAGUUAUAUACUUGACAGAGUUCUGUCGAGCGGUGAAAUUAAAACGCAAAUGGUGGGCUAAACCCGUGAAGUUUAACGUUUGUAGAGAUUUCCACAAGGUGAAUAUUUUUGCUUCGGUUGUUUUAAAUCUACUACCGCUGCAAAUGAGAACAAACCCUUGAACGCCAUGUACGGAAGGUUCGCGACGACUAAGUUUCAGUACAUUGUUUAGAUUAUCGCAGGAAGCAAAGUGAUUCUGGAACGCAUCCCUUAGCUAUUGAAGAACUAGCGCAUGAACCUCUGAUAUGAUAUCGGAUUGAAAUAUUAUUCUACAGCCGGUGUUGCAAUAAGUAGGGUGCGUAGGCGCUAUACAUGAAUAUCAAACAUAUAGUGGGUAUUCAAAGAGACAUAUUAUUAAUAUCUGCGCGGUAGACUCCUAAAUACAGAUUAUAUAUACGUAUUUAGUACAAUAUCACAAACCUCGAGUGUUGAUAGGCUACUUUAGGAGUUUUAUAUUUCCCUCUCGAGUCGCCAUAACGCUAUAAUUCACAAUGAUCUUUUUGAACGUGAACAAUUAACAAAAGCUGUUUUUAUUUAUUAUAUCAAAAAAUAUUAUGGCUUUAGCCGUCUGCAUUGACAAGAAGCUUAGAAACGAACGAUAAAAUUAGUCGUUGUGUUUAUUUAACGAUCUACUUAUACUUACAUACCAUUACGAA